AUGGCCGUCACAGCUCCGACAGAGCAGAUACGGGAGACCGUAGCAUCCCCCGAAGAGACACGCAAGAUGACCGAAGACGGGGCCCAUCCAGGCAUACGCCAACGUCAAUGGGGUCUGGAAGCUCGCCUCGACCCAACCGUCACUUUCGAGGAGUACACUUACUGGGCCAAAAUCGAACGGGAAUUGGAGGACGAAGACCGCCACAUACACCAGACUGUUGAAUCGGGCGGACCAUUGGGAUACAUCAAGAGCUAUUUCACCAAGAACGCUUACGAAGAUGCCAAAGUCCACGACUCGCGUGAGCUACAAAUUCACGAGGAAUCAUCCAAGUGGAAUGAAAAGCAGGCAGCUGUAGCUUCUGACAGCGACAAGGGCACCCUCGGCCCCAUCCCGCCUUCUAAUACCCACGAUCUCGACGCCGAAUGGCGAACCGCCGCCAGAGCCCUCCGCAAUGCUGGCUGGGGUGCGAUAUUUUACCUGAUCACAACGGAUAUCCUGGGCUGGAGUCAAACACCCUAUGUAUUUGCCAAUACUGGGUACGGGUUGGGUGUUGGAAUUUUCCUCCUGAUGGGAAUUGCAGCAUUUGCGUCCGGAAUCAUGAUCUGGCGGACCUUCCUUGGUCUUGACUCGGCUCGAUAUCCGAUCAUGAGUUUUGGCGAUCCCUUCUUCCGUCUCUACGGUCCGAAGAUGCGACAUUUUAUCAACUUCAUGCAAUCCUUGCAACAAUUCUUGAGUGUUGCUGUCCUCUGCCUUGGUAACACGGGUAUCAUUGCCCAGCUGGCUGGAAGCGUGAACCUUUGCUACAUCGUUUGCGCUGUCAUCUCUCUGGUCGUCGGUAUGGCGAGUGGAUAUAUGCGAUCGCUCAAACAUCUUGGCUGGUUCUGCAAUUUUUCAGUGUGGAUCAAUAUUGUUACUUUCAUCAUUAUUUGUGUUGCUGCAGCAAAGCAUGGACCCGACCCUACAGCGGCUGUCAACAAUGGAAUCCUGCCCAAGGCGUGGGCCAACGCAGCUACAAUGGCGCCAGUCAAGACAUUCAUUGACACCCCUCCCGCUGAAUAUCAGCCUACAGACAGCAAUCUCUUUGCAGCCCAGUUCAAUGGAAUUAACAGCAUGGUUUACGCAUACUCCGGGGCUGUCCUGUUUGUUGCUUUCUUGUCAGAAAUGCGACGCCCCAAUGACUUCUGGAAAGGACUACUUGUGGCGCAGACUUUCAUCACAGUUGUAUACAUCUUUUUCGGAGCUUUUAUCUAUAACUACUACGGGCAGUAUAGUUAUAGCAACGUCAAUCAGUCUGUGAACCCCCAGAACCUCCAGAUUGUCGGCAACGUGCUUUCGCUCUUAACCGGCUGGCUCGCCAUUUUCCUCUACUUCAACGUCGGCAUGAAAACUAUCUACCUCGAAGUAGGCCAAGAGAUUUUCAAACUUCCCCCGAUCGCAUCGAAGAAGGGCAAGUUCUGCUGGUGGGGCCUCGGUCCAGUCUACUGGAUCGUUGCCUUCGUUGUGUCCAUGUCCGUUCCAGAAUUCAGCGCCUUCACCAACUUUGUUGGCGGACUAUUCGGCUUGAACUUUACAUACUCCUUCUCAGGAAUCAUGUAUCUGGCUUACAAGAUCCAAGACGGUGCCCGACUGCCCGGCGAAGGCUUUGAUCCCGCGACUGGAGAAACCACCCGAUUCGAUUCCGGCAUCAAGAGGUGGAUUCGAGGAUUCAUGAAGACUUGGUACAUCAGCGUGCCUGUUUUCAUCUUCACUGGUAGUGGUCUUGCUGCAUCUGGUAUGGGAACUUGGGCUGCUGUGUCUGCCCUUGAAGCGGCUUUCGGUCCUGGCGGCUCGGUCGUGACUUCCUGGACAUGCGUGAACCCGUACUAUAGUGGAUAG